CCUCCCCUCCCUCGGAUGUGGCCGGGGGGCGGGGGCCGGGGGGCGGGAGAGAGGGGUGGCUGCUGCCGCCCGGGGAGAGCCGGGAGUCUUUUCCACGUUUGCAAAGGCCGCCGCACAUCCAGGCCCGACCCGCGCCGCCCGAGCUCCGUGCGCCCUCGCGGCUCCCCGCCGCGCCCCCUCCUCUCCUCGCCCCCGAUGGCUAUCAGGGCCCGGAGUUGGCGGCCCCCGCCGCCGCCGCUGCUCCUGCUGCUUCUCUGGGUGACCGGGCAGGCGGCUCCUGUGGCGGGCCUGGGGCUGGGUUCGGACUCGGAGCUGCAGAUCGAGCGGCGCUUCGUGCCCGAGGAGUGUCCGCGCACCGUGCGCAGCGGCGACUUCGUGCGCUACCACUACGUGGGGACGUUCCCUGACGGCCAAAAGUUCGACUCCAGCUACGACAGAGACUCCACUUUCAACGUGUUCGUGGGAAAAGGACAGCUGAUAGCAGGGAUGGAUCAAGCUCUGGUUGGGAUGUGUGUAAAUGAGAGGCGGUUUGUGAAGAUCCCUCCAAAGCUGGCCUAUGGAAGUGACGGCAUUUCUGGUGUGAUCCCCCCAGAUUCAGUGCUUCAUUUUGAUGUACUUCUGAUGGAUAUUUGGAAUUCGGAAGAUCAGGUUCAGAUUCACACUUACUUCAAGCCUCCCAGUUGCCCUCGGACCAUCCAGGUAUCUGAUUUUGUAAGAUACCACUACAACGGGACAUUCCUGGACGGGACACUGUUUGAUUCGAGUCACAAUCGCAUGAAAACAUAUGACACCUAUGUGGGAAUUGGCUGGCUGAUCCCUGGAAUGGAUAAAGGGCUGUUGGGGAUGUGUGUGGGAGAAAAACGCAUCAUCACCAUUCCUCCUUUUCUGGCCUAUGGAGAAGAUGGAGACGGGAAAGACAUUCCUGGUCAGGCAUCUCUGGUGUUUGAUGUUGCAUUAUUGGACCUCCAUAACCCUAAGGAUGGCAUUUCCAUUGAGAAUAAAGUAGUGCCUGAAAACUGUGAGCGGCGAAGUCAAAGCGGGGACUUUCUCAGGUAUCAUUACAACGGCACGCUCCUGGACGGCACAUUCUUUGAUUCCAGCUACUCGCGGAACCGCACUUUUGACACGUACAUUGGGCAGGGCUACGUGAUUCCUGGGAUUGAUGAAGGUUUACUUGGCGUCUGCAUCGGAGAGAAGCGGAGGAUCGUGGUCCCCCCUCACCUGGGGUACGGUGAGGAAGGAAGAGGGAACAUCCCUGGCUCGGCCGUGCUGGUGUUUGACAUCCACGUGAUUGACUUUCACAACCCGUCAGACUCCAUCAGCAUCACCUCCCACUACAAACCCCCUGACUGCUCAGUGCUGAGUAAGAAAGGGGAUUACCUCAAGUAUCACUACAAUGCCUCACUUCUGGACGGGACCCUGCUGGAUUCCACGUGGAAUUUAGGCAAAACGUAUAACAUCGUUUUAGGAUUUGGACAGGUCGUGUUGGGAAUGGAUAUGGGUCUCAGAGAGAUGUGCGUUGGAGAGAAGCGGACUGUGAUCAUUCCGCCCCACCUGGGCUACGGCGAGGCUGGCGUGGAUGGAGAAGUGCCCGGCAGUGCCGUGCUGGUGUUUGACAUCGAGCUGCUGGAGCUCGUGGCUGGCCUGCCAGAGGGGUACAUGUUCGUAUGGAACGGCGAGGUGUCAGCCAACCUCUUUGAAGAGAUCGACAAGGAUGGUGAUGGAGAAGUCCUCCUGGAAGAGUUCUCAGAGUACAUUCAUGCCCAGGUGGCAUCUGGAAAAGGGAAACUCGCUCCUGGAUUCGAUGCUGAGAUGAUCGUGAAGAAUAUGUUCACCAACCAGGACCGAAAUGGAGAUGGGAAGGUCACGGCUGAGGAAUUUAAACUCAAAGACCAGGAGACAAAACACGAUGAACUCUAAACCUGCCAUGAGCCACUCGCGUGAUACCAAGCCCCUGUUGUGGCGGAAUGUGCACUGAGGGCGUGCGGGUCUCUCAGAAGGGGAUGGUCAGCAAGCAGUCGACGAUCACAUGGCACCUGGGACAUACAUCAGGGUGGGCUGAUAUUCAUGGUGAGAAUUUUAGGCUGAUGCCAGUGACACUAACUAAAAUCAGUGCGGGGGCCUUAGCAUGGGUGGUGUAGAAUAGUGAAAGUGCUGCAUUGUCAGCUAUUGUUUUGUGAGCCUUCUGGGUGGGUGGUUUUGUUAUUAAAGGAAAACAGCAUCAUACAGAAGUUGUAAUCAUCUUGGAGGGAACAGAGGAAAAUGUGUCUGGGAUAUCUACAUAAAGAGGAUUAAAAAUGUUAACUUGCUGAUGUCUUCAAAGUGUUCUCCAGGUGGCUAGAAAAGAGAGGGCAGGUCCCAGCAGCAUUCCCAGACAGCUCCAGGAAACUUCUUAGCAGCCUGUACAAGACCUGGUAAUGCCCAGUCUCCACCACGCCUAAACACACACAUACACACUUGGUAAUUCCCAGUCUCCACCACGCCUAAACACACGCACACACCUGUAAUUCCCAGUCUCCGCGAUGCCUACACACACACACACACACCUGGUAAUGCCCAGUCUCCACCAUGCCUACACACACACACACACAGACACACACACGAAACAUCUUAGCAGCCUGUAUAAGACCUGGUAAUGCCUGGUCUCCACCAUGCCUACACACACACACACACACACACACACACACGAAACAUCUUAGCAGCCUGUAUAAGACCUGGUAAUGCCUGGUCUCCACCAUGCCUACACACACACACACACACACACCUGGUAAUGCCUGGUCUCCACCAUGCCUACACACACACACACACUUUUCUGGUUAAUCACAUCCCACCUUGUUGUGGUCCUUCUAUUGGCCGGGUAACUUGGAGGUUACAAAGAAAAUCAGUGGACCAGACAUAAGGCAUGUUGUACCAUGAGCAGAGAAAUUGAUUCUGCAUUUGUCAUGUAAGAUUGUCUGCUUUACUAUUUCUUAUUCUCAUCACUCUAUCCCAUAGCACCCUCUCUUCCCGCCCUGAAUCCUUUGAUCAGAUAGAUAUAAGUAGGGCUGAUGGCUCAGCCACACUCGAGUUAUCUCACUGUAGCCAAGACAGAAAUGUCAUCCCAACAGUUGAGCAUAAACGAAGUGAUGUAUUUCUGUCACCCCUCUGUCCCGGAGAAGGAAGUGCCCUAAGGCCUGGGGCCUCUCUGUGUGGGACACUGUGCCUGCUGACCUGUCAUGUUAUGCAGUAACCACCUUGCUGCCUAUGUCCCCUCAUGGUGGUGGCACUCACCCUGAAGUAACCAAUGAUUUUCCUUUUGAAGCGACUUUGUUUGACUAAUUUAAACUAUUUUGUACUGAUGUAGCCCUGAGAUAGUUCCUGAAAAUGCUGUGCACUCAUUCAGUGGAACAAAUGUUGGAAAAUGAAUUUUUCAUAUAUAAAAUAUUGAAUUAUCA